UGAUUACCUCCUCUCGUCAUGGACGCCUUGCAGUCGCAACAUGUGGGCGCCAUCGGUCAGGAAGCACAGGACAUGUAUCGCACCCUGGUCUUCGACACGGCUCUCAGCACCCUGCUUGCAGUGACCGUGUACGUGGCGCUCAAAGUCGGCUUGGACGGCAUUCGCCAGUGGCGCGCCCGGAUCUCGGUGCUCAUCGUGGGCUCCGGACCCGUGGGUCUGACCGCCGCACUGGUCGCUGUCCGCUCGGGUAAGGUGCUGAAGCUGACCGUACUGGACGAGCGCUACCGGAGCGCACUGCUGUGCCGGCCCCAGCAGAUCGCCCUGGACCCACGCAGCGUCAAGUUCCUGUUGGGACUCGGCGUUGACUUUGACAACAUGGAGGGUUGCUGGCACAACGAGCACUUCUUCACCAGGAUAGGCGUGUUCCAGGAGUACCUGCUCAGCAUCCUGGAGCAGAAGAAGCAGAAAGUGGAUGUCAAGGUGCAGCUCGGCACUAAGUUCACAGAAGAGUACCUGCGCCGGAUUCCUCAUGGUGAGUGGCCACGUGUAAUCGUAGUGGCCGACGGCUCUUGUGGUGACUCUUGCUCAGUGCUAGGUCUCAGCUCCGAUUACACCGUGGAGUCUUGCCACGCCUAUGGAGCCAACGCCAGCAUUGAGAGGUUGGACCAGAGACAGGUGCCCACACCCGAGAUACGCGCCCACAGACUGUAUUUCGACCUGUCAGCCUAUGGUGUGGAAGCCCUGAGGGAGCACCGGAACGCCACAACCAAAUCGGGCUUCCACUUGAAGAUCUACGGCACCUUCAGGAACCGCUACAUGGCCCUUGUUUGCCCUGCCUCCGACACCAAGAUGGUCCGUUUCCUCAGGCACACUGCCAACUCUUCUGUCAUGAAGAAUAUUUUCCAUCAGUCCUUCAACGCCUACAAGACGGACAUUGAACCCAGACUCAACGACGUGACGCUCUACCACAUGCAGUGCAGUCGCCGCCUGUUUGAGAUCCAGCUGUCGCACAGACGUGUCAGCGCCGCCUACAUCGAGGGGGACAAUGUCGCCGUCACGGUGGAAGGGGAGGCGGCCCGCGUCCUCAACUAUGACACAGGCUGCGGGGUGAAUCUCGGCCUGCGAGGUCUCGAGUCAAUGGGGACAUUCAUCUACCGUACAGCCACCGCCGCUGACCAGAACGACAUUCUAGAAGCGCUCUCAGCUAAGAUGCUGCACUCCAGAAAAAUGGCGGAGACUUUCAAGCAGUCAGGCCUGAGUGAGUCAAUGUAUGCCUGACGGUGACACAGGCAGAGCAGUUAGACACUGGGGCCCCCUAGUGGUCAUGGAAAGAGAAGGUAAUGAUGCUGACUUUUUCACAGUUAAAACCCUCAACACUGUAUAUACGUAUAGUUCUGAUUAUGAUUUACUGAUGUCUUUGCUGGAGUAACUCAUUUUUUAUGCGCUUGUCCUUUUUCUCAUGGAAGAAUGAUGACAAUAGGACUGCAUUAAAAAAACAUCAAGGAUUAUAUUAUUAUUAGUCUGAAUAGUCCUGUUAGGUGUGGCUGAAGAUGCCAUAUAAUGUAACAAAAUUUCAGGAAUAAACACAAACAAAUGCCAACAUUUGCUUAAUCUGCAUUAAUAUAUUCCUGCAUAUUUUCAAAUAAUAAUAAUAAUAUAAUAAUAUUAUUAACAAUACACCAUAUUUACUGGAGGUAGCAGAGACGAGGAUGCUGAGGUUCUCAUUGGGAGUGACCAGGAUGAAAAAAAAUCUGAAAAAUAUAUUUAAAAAAAUUACAUGAAUAAAUAAAAACAAGUAAACAUAGGGUCCUGUUCCUUCUGAUCUCUUCCUCAAACUCAACAGCCACUACUGUACACUAGUUUUUUUUAGCAUUGCUGCCCUCUAGUGGUGUACAGUACUAGUACACCUACAAUGUAAUUAAUUUCACUAAAAUAAAGAUCAAAUAUCUAUUUAUUUUCACAGUAUUAUAAUUAAAAUCAAAAUGUAAUAAAAAGUGUUAUCGGUUAAAAAUUUAAGUAAUUAAUUAAAUGAAGGGCAUAUUAUAUUAAUGGAAGUACAGUUAAUUUUAUAGCAUCGCUGCCACCUAGUGGCGGACUUUUCUGGAGUCACAUAACGGCUAACCUCAUCGGACCCUACUCGAAAAAGUUCUAUGAAUUUAUUAUUAUUUUACCAUAUGUCAGCUUUUUUUUACGGUAACUUUGUAUUUUCAGUAGUCAUAACCACGACUGCCUCUAGAGGGCGACAAACCUUUGGCAGCUCAUACUGAAUGUUUGUAAACAGCAUUUGCUGCAGCAAAGGUGCCUUGCAUAACAAAAUGAAUUGAUAUAUUGAUGUAUAGAAGGAUUGGUGGUAUUAGUACAGGAUUUAAAAGGUAUUUACAAAGUAUCCAGUGCUUUUCCAAUGUUCAGCCUCAAUAUGCAGGUAGCACAAUGCAAUGCAAAGACAGAAUGUAAAGCUUCCUCAUCCAAAGCCAUUUGCAGUGUCUAAUUAAAAGGGUUCAUCCGCCAGUAUUGCCCUCCAAGGUCAAACAGCGUGGACCUUUGAACCGGCCGCUGCUGUACUACAAGGCCUUUCAUUAGAUUAGACGCAAUAAUGAGAAAAUCUUUUAUCUUUGCAUAUAAUUAAAGCGGGGAUGAAGGACAAUUUAAUCAAUGAUGUGGAAUGACAAGUUCGUAAAUGAAUUAGACUUGCCAAUGGGGACCCAGUCUGGGAUCAAUGAGAAAUGUUAAGCACAGUCUUGUAGAGCCCUUAAAGGCAGCACACAUUAAUAUGUUAUUAAUAUGUUACACAGCAUGACAUCAUUUAACUUAUUUAUGUCUGACAAUAAUACUCUGGGACAGUUUAACAAGAGGUAGAAUAUUUCACACAUAUUUUCAACCCCAGCGAGAAAUAAAUGUUGAUAUUUAAUCUGGCCACAAGGGGUCAGUGUUUGCCUACAGAAAAGCUUCCCCAAUACAUUAUACCGCAUUAUAAAUAUACUGUAUAUGUAAUAUGAAAUUUCAUUAUUGAAGUAUUAAUUUUUCAUUUCAAUUAACAAAACAUUAUAAAUAUUUGUCUUUGAACAUGUUUAUACAUUGUUUACUAGCUUCAAAUAUUUUCUUUUUUUUAACCUUUUCACUUUUCAUGCAGUACCCCUUUAUUGAUAUUUAUUAUGCCCUUUUUGCCAUUUAUAAAAAUAAAAUAUAGAAGUUUAUUAAGAUGGCAGUGUUGGAGAACAAAAUAGAUAAAGUGCAGUGGCAUUGUGAAGUUGCCAAACAAUACACUGGUACCAUCUGUUGAACUUGAGUAGGCCGUGUAAUUAUUAAUUACUUACAAAUUCUUCAUAUGAUUUAUUUAUAAUCCAUUUAUAAAUGAUUUUUUUAAGGUACAUGUACCGGAUUUUUAAAAUUUCU